UUUUAAACUAAUUUUCAUAUUGAUUUAUUUAUUUUAUUUUUCUAAGUAUUCAUAAAAUAUAAAAAUAAAAAUUAGCUCAAAAAUUAAUAUUAUUAAGUGAAUGUAUCUAUAUAUUGGUUAUUUGUUUUUAUCAUUUGAAAGUUUCCAUUGGACAUAAAUUUUCAAGCAAUAUUAUAUUAUUCAAAUGCUACCAUAAACUUAAAAAUUGUGUAUAGAUCCCAUCAAUAAACCGUUAAUGAAUGUUCGUUUAAACUGUGUUCAUAAAAAAUAAACAAUUUCAAGAUGACAUCUAAUGUUUAUGACGAUUUAAAUGUCGAUGACUGUGAAUUGUACGUUCAACGACAUAAUAUUCAACAAAUAUUAAAAGACUGUAUUGUUCAGCUAUGCAUUGUAAAACCAGAAAGGCCUUUAACAUUUUUUAGACAAUACUUUCAAAAAUUGGAAAUGGAACAAGAGCAGGGAAGCGACAGCCAGCAUGGAGAAACAGAUGAAUUCUUCCAGUCGGCACCAACGUCAGGUCCUGCAAGUCACGUCCAACAAUCGAUCCGGCGAAGAGGUGGCAUAUCGGCUGAGCACGUUUCUGAAGAAGAAGCUACUAGCUAUGUCAAGAAAGUAGUACCAAAAGAUUACAAAACAAUGGCUGCUUUAUCAAAAGCCAUAGCCAAAAACAUAUUGUUCUCUCAUCUAGACGAGAACGAACGGUCGGAUAUAUUCGACGCAAUGUUCCCCGUCACGUUUCUACAGGGCGAAUCUAUUAUUCAACAGGGUGACGAGGGAGACAAUUUUUACGUAAUUGAUGUUGGCGAAGUCGAGGUGUACGUAAAUUCGGAACUGGUGACAGUGAUCGGUGAAGGUGGAAGUUUUGGAGAGCUGGCUUUGAUCCAUGGUACACCGAGAGCUGCCACGGUACGUGCUAAGACUGACAUGAAGCUCUGGGGCUUGGAUCGAGACAGUUACAGAAGAAUACUUAUGGGGUCGACGAUCCGAAAGAGGAAAAUGUAUGAAGAAUUCUUGUCACGCGUCUCUAUUCUAGAGAGUCUAGACAAAUGGGAGAGGCUGACAGUGGCCGAUGCCCUGGAACCCGUAUCGUUCGAUGACGGCGAAACGAUUGUCAGACAAGGCGAACAAGGAGGACGAUUUACAAUCGAAGGAACGGCGCUCGUCCUACAGCAGAGGGUUGAAGGAGAGACUCUGAUCGAAGUUGGCAGACUCGCACCGUCCGACUAUUUUGGUGAAAUUGCACUGUUACUAGACCGUCCACGAGCAGCGACCGUCGUCGCCAAUGGUCCGCUGAAGUGUGUGAAACUCGAUCGGGCCAGGUUUGAAAGAGUGUUGGGCCCAUGUGCUGACAUAUUAAAAAGGAACAUCACACAAUAUAACAGCUUCGUAUCCUUAUCCGUAUAGGAUUUAUAUACAUAUACAACGAACAAUAAUAUUAUUAUUUGUUUUCAUUUUCAAAACUAUUAUUGGUUAUUAUUUUAUUAUUAUAAAUUUUCGUUGCAGUGUUGUAUACUAUUAGGCAAUUAUGAUUAAAUCAAAUUUCGUAAUUAUAAUUUUUGUUUUGUUAACGCGCUAUUAUUAUUAUUUUUUUUUAUUAUUAUUAUUAUUAUUAUUAUUAUUAUGUGGAUAAAAAUUGUAAAAAAAAGGACUUACAAUAUCAAUAAUAUAAAUUAUUGUUACAAGUCAUUUUAAAACUAACAUUUACGAAACGUUGUCAGUCAGAAACGAAAUAGUAAGUCGUCAUUAUAUGUAGUUCUUUUUGUUUUUCGUUUUCUUCCUUUAUGUUAAACUAGUUGAUCGGCUCAACUGACUUAAAACCACAAGAAUAUAUCCUGUUCAUAUAAUGUUUAAUUAUUAUUAUUAUUACAUAUUAUACGCUACUAUCGCAUAUUAUUUCUACUGCGUUUUCUCCACUACCAUAGUCAACGGUCGGUUAAAGGGUUAACAGUUAUACAUUAUUCAAUAUUUAUAUAUAUUUUUUGUAUUCAAAUAACGCUGUUGACAUUUUGCAUUUAAAUGUGUUGUAUACAACAAAAGUUAAUCGACUACGUAACGUAUUGUUCCACUAAAUAGUAUAGAGAUGAUUUUAAUUGUAUUAUGUAUGUAAUAUGUUUAAUUUUUUUUUCCGUUUUAUGAAACCAGAUGUGUGCCGAUAUCUUAAUUGUUUCGAAAAGUAAAAUUAUGUAUUUUAUACACCUGUAUAAGUCAAGCACUUUGAAGAGUCGAUUAAAAAAAAAGUCAAGAAAUAUUUGUUUCCGACAAUAA